AUGAACCUGAAUCUUUCAGCGUCUUUAAACAUAACUCGGCUCUUCUUUAAGCCGAGUCUAUGUCUCCCUCACCACACCGUAUCAACAUUCAACGACCUCCCAAUUCCUCUAGACAAAGUCUUUCAGAACAAUGGCCGGAAAGCAGACAUCAAGGCUGUUGUGCUAGACAAGGACGAUUGCUUUGCGUACCCGGACAGCAAGGAAGUGCAUGAGCCAUACCAGGCUCGCUUUGAAGAGCUCAAGGCAGCAUACCCUGGACGACGGCUGUUGGUGGUGUCCAACACAGCCGGCGCCUCUUCCUGGGACAGAGAUCACACUCAAGCCGUGGAGGUAGAGAAGAACACUGGCCUUGCGGUGCUUUCUCACGCUAUCAAAAAGCCAGGAUGUGGUGAAGAGAUCAUGGAGUACUUCAGGAAACAUCCAGAGACGGGGGUGACGCACCCAUCGCAGAUUGCUGUCGUUGGGGAUCGGUUGACAACGGACAUGAUGCUGGCAAACAUGAUGGGCGGGUGGGGAUUCUGGGUCAAAGACGGCGUGAUACCCAUAGAGAAGAAGAGCGUGUUUUCAAGAAUGGAACGCCCUUUGGCUGCGUUUCUAUUCGCAAGAGGUUGUGCGCCUCCUGAACCUCGAAGCAUUUUUGAAGAGUAA